CGGAAGAGAAGGAGCGACUGUUGCCAAAUUGUUUUAUAAAAAAAAUGAUAACAGAGAACUUUUAGAGCCCGGUUGCUAUGGCGUCACAGGGAAAUGCAUUUCACGUGGAGUUCCCGGAUUUCUCCUGCUCCAUUCUGCAGAAGCUUAACCACCAGCGCCAGAGGGGCCAGCUUUGUGACAUCAUCGUGGUGAUGGGCGAGCAGGAGUUCCGGGCCCACAGGGCCGUGUUGGCAGCCAGUUCCCCCUAUUUCUGCGACCAGGUCCUGCUGAAGAACAGCGCGCGCGUGGUGCUGCCGGAUGUCAUGCACCCCUAUGUGUUCGAGCGGCUUUUGUUGUCCUGUUACACAGGCGCCGUCUCUGUGCCCACGGGAGAAGUCGUGGCGUUCCUGACGGCUGCCAGCUUCUUACAGCUGUGGCACGUGGUGGAUAAAUGCACGGAGCUGCUGGAUAAAGGGACGGCGUCCAGACCGCCGGGGCACAAGGCGGGCAGCGUCAGCGGACGAUUCGAACACGGCCUGUCUCCUAGAGACGGCAGUUACCAAGGUGACGGUGCAGACGGGAAGGAACCAGGAUCUUCGGGAGCGGAUGGGAGUGGGCGAACAGGAGAUAGUAUGGAGGAGCUACUGGAGGAAGGCGUUUCGCCUCCCGCCGAGGAGCGCGGAGCGGUGGCGGGUGGGAGCUGCUCCUCGCCAGCGGAGCAGGAUGGCUCCUUCAGUGAGGACGGAGAGAUGGACGCAGUGGAAAAGAAGGGCCUGCGACCGGCCUACGUCCAGCCGAGCAUCAUGGGCCGCAGGAGGUGGAUGCAGGUGAAGGUGGAGCGGCAGAGUCAUGAGGACUGCGACGGCGCCUUUACGGAAAACCCAGUAACCCCAGUAACCCCAGACUGCGAUCCGCUCGGCCUGUCUGCCCUCGUGACGGACGGGGCGGAGGGGAGCUUGGACAGGGAAGACGCUUACGAGAAUCCUCUGGACUUCUACGGCACCUCCAUGGAAGGCUUCUCCGAGGAAAAUGCCCAGGGCAGCCCCACAGGGUCUGGGGACAGCCGGCUGGGCGGGGGGGCUGUGGGCGUGGCCAGAGGGAGGGACGACCCCGAGAUGAGCGGCGGCCCGCACGAGGACGCGUCCCAGCCGGGCUUCGCCUCGGCGGUUUAUAAACUCUACCCGUGCCAGUGCGGCAAGAGCUUCACCCACAAGAGCCAACGGGACCGGCACAUGGGCAUGCACCUGGGCCUGCGUCCCUUCGGCUGCGCCGUCUGCGGGAAGAGCUUCAAAAUGAAGCACCACCUGGUGGGUCACAUGAAGAUCCACACCGGGGUCAAACCGUACGAGUGCAGCGUCUGCUCCAAACGCUUCAUGUGGAGGGACAGCUUUAAUCGCCACACGUCCACCUGUGCCCGCCCCCGCCCCCGCCCCUGCCCCGCCCGCUCCGCGGCCACAGAACAGGACGCUCAGAUCUGUUAG